AUGGAAAGGAGGAAGGAAACUCGGUCCAAGCGGGGGAGGGGAGGACAAGGGGCGAGGGGGACGCCACCCAAGUGGUCUGGGGUUCGAACCCAGAUAGGCGAAACGCGCCGGGAAUCGGCUCGGGAAACUCGGGCAAACCUUUUUGGGGAAUCACCGCUCCGACACCCCACCGCCCAGGCGCUGCAACGGAAGGUGAGCGGAGGCUGGGGCAGCUCAAACUUGCGAGAGCUGGAGGCGGCGGCGGGCGGGCGGCUGGCUGAAGAGGAGGGAACCAGGGAGGGGGGACGCGUUGGGAUCGCGGCGUGCGGCGGCAGACGGAGCCUGGGCCCCCAGCGGCGAGGGGAGGCAGAGCUACGCUCCUUGCUGAACGCGGACCGAGCUCGGCGGCAGCGGGGAAGACGCGCCGGAGCCCAGACCGCGACCGAGAGCGGGAGCGAGGCGGCAGCGGCGGCGGAGGGGGAGCCCGCGAGCUGCCGGGCGGUGAGCCCAAGCCGCGCUGUCGCCGCGCAGGGAAGACUUGGCCAACACACUCACACACACAUACACACCCAGCCCGAGCGGGCGCUCGCGGCUAAUCGUCAGCAUGGCGCUGGGGCUCCUGCCCGAGCGCGGGCGGCAGCAGCGGCGACGCGAGAGCUGCUGAGCCCGGCCCAGCCGCCGGAGCCCGGAAGAUCGCGCGGGGCUGUCGCCACCUGCCCGGAGGCUUUGAGCCCGCCCCCGCCCCCACCCGGCCCAGAGCCCACCCCUCGGCGUGGCCGACCCCGAGGGCAGCCGGCUGGCAGCAGACGGCGAGGGAGGCGAGCGAGCGGGUUGCGGGCAGCGGGGGACGGCAAACUUUGCUGUUCGCCGCGCUUCCCCGGCCCGGCCCCUUCUCCCAUCGCCAACGUCGCCACCCCACUUUCCUCCAACCCCGCACACCUCUCCCCACCCACCCCACCUCCCGUCGCUCCUCCUCGCCGCCUCGACUCUGCUCCGGGGAAAACUUCAAAGCGCCUGAUCGCAGGCUCCCUGCUUACUCCCCGGCUGGGGAUUUCAGGAAAUCGAGCAGAGCGAGGGGUUCCGACUCGGCCCGCCCGCCAGCCAGCCAGUCAGCAGUUUAAGCCAGGAGAGUAAAUCCAGUUCCUAUUACUCCAUCCUGUCCAGAAGCACAGGUCUUAAGUGAAAUUGAAUACCAAAGAAACAGUUCCAAAUUUUACAACGGAUCUAUCACUGGUUGUUAGCAUAUCUUCCCACACCCAAGACACCAAGAUAACUUCUACUCACUGUUAAAGCUUUAUGAUGAGCAAAACUUCCACCACUGUGCUUCCUUAGCAUCCAACAAAAUGAAAACCUGAAGCCAAGCUGACAAAUAGAGUGUGAAGGGCCUUCUACUGCAUUUAAGAAAAAACUGAGACUUGCUAUAGGAGACACAGUCUACUGGAGAGAGGCAGAACUGUGAACAGAUGACUGCAUAAAGAGGCAAAGUCAAGUCUUAUUUAUUCAGAGGAAGAAGUCCCCGUGAUCAAGCAACUAGUAAAAUCAUUUCAUUGUGCAAGACAUGGAUUUGUGAUUGAAAAUGCACAAGCAUAUUUAUCUUAUUAUCCAUCAUAGAUGAUCACCUAUUAUAAUCAGUGAGAUUUCUUAAUGGCACAGCAUCUAGAGGAGGACGUCAUGCAUGAACCUGUCAUAUUCAGAAAGUAAGGAAGUGGCACAGUGGGAACAAUUCAGGAAAGUAAAUAAACACGACAGUAGAUUUAAAAUCUACUUUAACUGUUCUUACUAUUAUUAAUCUAUUUGGGCAAGUAGUCGUUUUCAUUGAUGUUAGCAUUUUUUCAUCCACGACUUGAAAUCAGACAUUAAAUAUUAAUAUUAUAAAAAAUGUUACUAAUUGAGUUCAUUCACAAAUUUAUAAAAACAGAUCAGCACCAGAGACCUAUUUAUUGGAAACAAAGUAGGUAGAACAAUUAAACUCACUUAUAGUUCCUUCUCAACCAAAGUGGACAGAAGUUUUAUAUGUAGAGGUCAAUCCUGGGCCAGAGGCUAUUUAGUAUUUUCAUCAAGUCUAGGAUGAUAGAAAAGCAUGUGGAUUUAGUAAUUUACAGUUCUCUUUAGUUGACAAGACUGAUUAAUACUUUGUCAAGAUCAAAAUUCAACAUGACCAUAAUAUGACCUUGACAAAUUGGAGAAGUGGUUUAAAACAAUGCAAUUUAAUAAGUCUAAGGGUCAGAUAUGGGCUUUAAAGGGAUUGGGAAGGAAAUGGAAAUUAUAAUAAUGUAGGUGAUACCAUGCCAGUGAGAAUGCAUUUGUGUGUGUAAUAUAAUAUGUAACAAAUAAUAUUGAGUAUGACUUGAGUCAAGAAUAUAGCAAUAGCUUUUUUUUCUCUCUCUCUCACCAUGGCAUAGUGCUUACUCACUCACAAAUAUUUCUAAUACAUUUCAUCAAAAUUUCCUCAUUUAAUCCUGUAUCCCUGCUGAUAAAAUUAAAAGUAAUUCUAAGAUACAUAAAUGAAGAGAAGGGUAUAAAGGUACAAAUAAGUGGGUGAAUAUUAUGAAAUUACUUUGUAUUGUGCUUUACAAAUACGAUUUAUGCAUUUAUCUUGUUACUAACACAUUCGUUCAUUCAUUCAUUCAUCAAUCAUUACAUAUUUAUAGAACUUCUACUAUGUCCCAGGCACUGCAUUAGGUGCUGGUAAUACAAGGUGUGGAAAAGCAAGCAUUGUCCAUAUUUCUUAGAGCCUGCAGUCUAAAGAAUAAUUACUAAUUGUAGUAAAUAUAGACAGGGUACUAUGAGCCAUGGAACAGGGAGCCUUUCUCACCUGGAAGGAUGAGGAAAGGCAUCCCUUGUGAAAUGUCUUCUUAACUGAUGUAUGACGUAGGUAGCCUAAGGGGACAAGGGAGUAAAGGAGUAAGUAUUUCUUGCAAAGGGGAAAGCAAGUAUUAAGAAUUUGAGCUUCAAAAAAGGAAUGCUUCACGUUGAUAUUACAGUCUCAACAAUUACAAUUAAAUUUCUGGUUGUUAAUACAUUGCAUAAAAGUGGGGGAGUGGAUUUCUGCCAAAAUUAGGGCAUAUAGUUAGGAUUAGAAAUGUGCUCUGUGAUAUCAGUGACUUUAACAUUGCAGUGAGACUGGGAGAAAAAAACGUACAAAGAGGCUAUCCUCUGGACCCAAUGGCACUGAUGGACAUCAAGGCUUUUGCUGAAGUAGAAAACCUGCUAUUGAUAUUGAGAUGCUCUUGAGUGAAACAAUGACUUCAAAUAAGAGUUCCAAACUGAAACUCAGAAAGACCACCAAUCUGACAUGACUUAAAUUUGAACUGCUUCUCAGAUAGGCGAUUUAUACUUUGGGGUAAAUGGAAACUGGGCUUGGUUUCACUAAUGAUAUCAAUGACAUUUUGCUAUUAAAUUUGGUUUAAUAUUUUCA